AUAAUUUUGUCCCAUCAUUUGUUUGUAAUAAGGCCUAUGGGUAUGUUUCAGAACCAGUAAAUGGUGAUAUGGGCUUUCAAAGAGGUAGCACACAGCCUAUGAAACGGCAGGAGUCUGUGAGUGGGGUGGAGAUUAGACAGUCUCGUCCAUAAUCCACCCAAUUGUGCAAUAGCUGCUGUGGCUUACUGAAAAACGGUUUCCCUACAGGAGCAGCAGGACGUUUGUCUGUCAGCACAAACAGCAAAACACAAAUGUCUCUACGCUACUUCAGCAGAGGAACUAACAUUCAUCAAAGCAAUGAGAGGAGCAAAGCAUGUUACGGAAGCUGUGCUGUGUGAUUCUACUCAUCAUCCAGAGGGAUACAGAAAGUAUACGGGUGAUUGGUGGAUGUAGGACUGUGGUACAGGGGGAGGAUGUGGACUUAUCCUGCAGACUGAUAGAGACAACCGAGGACCUCGAAGAGAUAACAUGGCAGAAAAGUACUUUGGAAGAAACACAGAACCAUAAUUUUCUGCUGAUUUAUCACAAUGGGGUUACUAACUUUAUUGCACCAAAAGGAUUGAAAGGUAGAGUCCAGUUUAUUGGAAACCCAUCAGAAAACCUUGGAUCUAUUAGAAUAACAGCUGUCAGACUGUUGGAUGAAGGCACCUUCACAUGUACCUUCAGUGUUUUCCCCAGUGGAGCAUACAAUACAGAGAUUCCUCUGACUGUGCUUGUUCCUCCAGUAGUGUGUGUGACAGUUGGUGUUCCUCCUGUCAUUGGGGAGAAUGAGGUUGUCUUGGCAACCUGUGUGGCUGCUGGUGCCAAGCCACAGGCAGAAGUGAAGUGGAUUUCAGGUACAUUCGGCAGUUUGUUGAUGACAAUGACAAACUCCACCCAGCACGCCAAUGGAACUACCACAGUACUCAGCCACCUGCUCGGGGUGCCAACCAGAGCAGCCAAUCAGCAGCAGGUCCAGUGUGUGGUCAACCAGUCUGCCCUGACAACAGAAAGGAGCUACAACUACACCAUAAACAUCCACUAUCCACCUCAGUCAGUGAACAUCACCCUUAGUGAGGCCUCUAAAGCCACAGUCUUCCUAUGUGUAGCAGAUGGCAACCCACAACCCAACUACACCUGGAGCAGAGUGGUCCAGCCAUGGCCUGUGUCUUCAGUGAGAGCAGAGGGAGACAUACUGCACCUCCUCAGUCUCAACUCUGAGCUGAAUGGUCUCUAUGUCUGUGAGGCCUCCAACCCCUACGGACGAGCAACUGGCUCCCUCUAUGUACACACAUCCUCUGAGACCUCUGCUGCCUGUUGGGUUCUACUCAUUGUCAUUCUAUGUCUGAUUGUUACUGCGGCUGCACUCGUAUGGUACUGGAGGAAAUACGGACAGUGUCCUUGGAAUUCAAUCAUGGCCAAUCACCAGUUCCAGGCACCCCCACAGGUUGAGGAAGAUGAACCUGGGACGUCUGGGUUCUAACACUCCAAACCAGGAAGGCGGAUAAGGACGAAGUAUCAUGAUGCUGAGAGCGGAUGCCAGAAGAAUCUCAGACAUGCAAUGGGUGUGGGGAGAUUUCCAGUCUGCACAUUCUCCAUUGUUCUAACCAUUUGCAAAGAAGAGGCACAUUCUCCAACCAUCUAAUGAACAGAGACCCUAGCAGUAUUCACUGUGACAUUAGAAACCUCGGCUCUGCCCCUCCUCCACCACAGCUUCUCUUGUGGACUGCCUUGUCAUGGUGGAGGGGCUUUGUUUCUUCAGCGGGAACAACAACUCUCCUGUAUGUACAGUGGGGAAAAAAAGUAUUUAGUCAGCCACCAAUUGUGCAAGUUCUCCCACUUAAAAAUAUG